CUAUUGUUUUAGGGUUAGAAGCGCCGCCAUUUUCUACAGACCACCGCUCAUAUUCUCCUCUUGUUCUCUUUUUUUUUUAAUUUCUGGAAUUUUUUUACACUACACAGAUUAUACCACCAAGCUUCUUCUGUCAAUUUCCGAUAUUUUUGGUUUCGCAACGAACCUCAAUGGCGGAAAAGGUAUCUGCCAAGCCAAAGGGUCAAGCUAAAAAACAUGCUGCUGCAGAAAAACAUGCUGCUGCAGAAGAAGAAGGCUUGGAUCCAACGCAAUAUUUUGAAAAUAGGAUACGAGCUCUUGCGUCUCAAAAGGAAACUGGUGGCAAUCCAUAUCCUCACAAAUUUGAAGUUCAGCUGUCUAUUCCUGAAUAUGUAAAGAAAUAUGAAAGUCUAAACAGCGAGGAUCGUCUAGAGGAUGUUGAAGUAAAAUUAGCUGGUCGGAUUAUGAACAAAAGGGCGUCCUCCGCAAAACUUCUCUUUUAUGAUUUGCACGGCGGAGGUGCUAAAGUUCAAAUUAUGACUGAUGCAAGUAAAUCGGAGCUGAAGGGAGAAGAUUUUAGUAGAUUUCAUUCUUCUGUGAAACGAGGAGAUAUUGUGGGGAUUGUUGGGUACCCAGGUAAAACUAAAAGAGGCGAGCUUAGUAUCUAUCCAAAAACAUUUGUAGUACUUUCCCACUGCCUCCAUAUGAUGCCACGACAAAAAGCUGGCCCUAGAGGAGGGGCAGAGAAUACCAAGACAACUGAUGUUUGGAUUCCAGGAAGUGCCAGAAAUCCCGAUGCUUAUAUAUUGAAGGAUCAGGAAACACGGUAUAGGCAGCGCUAUUUGGAUUUGAUGCUGAACAUGGAGGUUCGAGAAAUAUUUAGGACGAGAUCAAGAAUUAUCUCAUACAUCAGGCACUUUCUAGAUGAACGAGAGUUUUUGGAGGUUGAAACACCCAUGAUGAAUAUGAUUGCUGGGGGAGCUGCUGCACGUCCUUUUGUGACCCAUCACAAUGAACUGAACUUGAAACUUUUCAUGCGAAUUGCCCCAGAGCUAUAUCUGAAGGAACUAGUUGUAGGUGGGUUAGACCGUGUAUAUGAAAUUGGGAAGCAGUUUAGAAAUGAGGGAAUUGACCUAACUCACAAUCCCGAGUUCACCACUUGUGAGUUUUACAUGGCUUUUGCCGACUACAAUGACCUGAUGAGGCUAACUGAAGAUAUGCUCAGUGGUAUGGUGAGGGAACUUACAGGUGGAUAUAUAAUUAAAUAUCAUGCCAAUGGGUUGGAUCAAGACCCUAUUGAGAUCGAUUUCACUCCUCCUUUCAGGCGGAUAGAUAUGAUAGAAGAAUUAGAGAGGAUGGCUAAUCUAAACAUACCUAAAGACCUCUCCAGUGAGGAAACCAAUAAAUAUCUGGUGGAUGCAUGUGCCAAGUUUGGAAUUAAAUGCCCACCUCCUCAAACAACAACUAGAUUAUUAGACAAACUUGUUGGGCAUUUUCUUGAGGAGACAUGUGUAAACCCUGCUUUCAUCAUCAACCAUCCUGAGAUUAUGAGUCCACUGGCAAAGUGGCAUAGGUCAAAACCAGGCCUCACUGAGAGAUUUGAGCUGUUCAUCAACAAGCAUGAACUUUGUAAUGCAUACACGGAGUUAAAUGAUCCUGUUGUGCAACGCCAACGUUUUGCUGAUCAACUCAAGGAUCGACAAUCUGGUGAUGACGAAGCAAUGGCUUUGGAUGAGACUUUCUGUACGGCACUUGAAUAUGGAUUACCUCCAACUGGCGGUUGGGGUUUGGGGAUUGAUCGAUUCACAAUGCUGUUAACUGAUUCACAGAAUAUAAAGGAAGUUUUGCUUUUCCCUGCAAUGAAACCCCAGGAUGACCCUUCAAACAGAGAAAGCAACAAGAAAACUCAAGAUGGACCUCUCCCUCAAGAGUUUGAAAAGAAAGCAACCGUGACGUAAAGAUUUCUCAAAUCCACUUGCCAAAACAGCAUUUUUGAGUAUUGUUGUUAAUUUUAAUUAGUUGAUGUGUCACAAUAUCACAAUUGUAGUUAAUGGUAUUGUGUCUUUUUACCAACUAAAUUCUUUUUAUAACUGCCAUGUUUUGCACAUGUAGUGUGAGGUGGAUAGUCAUUUCUGGCCUUAAUUUAAUUUAACCUAAUGUAAUUGUGCUGUUUAUUUUAGAGGAAAGGCUAAAUGUGGUCCCAAAUAUAUGGUCGUUUUACUAA